AGGGGGCACCGGCUCUGGCUUCACCUCCCUCCUGAUGGAGCAGCUCUCUGUUGACUAUGGCAAGAAAUCCAAGCUGGAGUUCUCCAUCUACCCAGCCCCCCAGGUGUCCACCGCUGUGCUCAAGCCCUACAACUCCAUCCUGACCACCCACACCACCCUGGAGCACUCAGACUGUGCCUUCAUGGUGGACAACGAAGCCAUCUAUGACAUCUGCCACCGCAACCUGGACAUCAAGCCCCCAACCUACACCAACCUCAACCGCCUCAUCAGCCAAAUCGUCUCUUCCAUCACCACCUCCCUGCGCUUUGAUGGGGCCCUCAAGGUGGACCUGACAGAGUUCCAGACCAACUUGGUGCCCUACCCUCGCACCCACUUCCCCCUGGCCACCUAUGUGCCCGUCAUCUCCGCAGAGAAGGCCUACCCCGAGCAGCUGUCGAUGGCGGAGAUCACCAGUGCCUGCUUCCAGCCUGCCAACCAGAUGGUGAAGUGUGACCCCCGGCACGGCAAGUGCAUGGCCUGCUGCCUGCUGUACCGCGGAGAUGUGGUGCCCAAGGAUGUCAACGCCGCCAUUGCUGCCAUCAAGGCGAAGCGCAGCAUCCAGUUUGUGGACUGGUGCCCCACGGGCUUCAAGGUUGGUAUCAACUACCAGCCGCCCACGGUGGUGCCUGGGGGCGACCUGGCCAAGGUGCAGCGUGGCGUGUGCACGCUGAGCAACACGACCGCCAUUGCUGAGGCCUGGGCCCGCUUGGACCACAAGUUCGACCUGAUGUAUGCGAAGAGGGCUUUUGUACACUGGUGUGUGGGAGAGGGCAUGGAGGAGGGUGAGUUCUCAGAGGGCCGGGAGAAGGAUUAUGCCCUGGAGAAGGAUUAUGAGGAGAUAGGCAUGGAUAGUGAGGAGAGGGAGGGAGAGGAAGAGGAAGGGGGUGAAUACUAG